GAGGACCGUCGACGCAGCGCUACGCCAGUUCGACAACGCGACCCUGACACCAACGUCCCUCGAAUUUCACGUCGGGAACUGUACCGGAAGUCGUAUUUAAACAUAUAACCACGAUGAAGAUCGCCCUCUUCCUACUCAUCGCCGCGGCUGCUUGUACUUCGGCGCAAAGGAUCACGACCAUUCAACUCGAUGGAGUGCAGUACUACGUUUCGAGAAUGAACCCGUACAGUCUCGAACUGAACUACUUCUUGGCUUAUCAAUACUGCCGGUCGUUGGGGCUUCAGUUGAUCUCUUUUGAAACAAAAGAGAAGGCGGACACGAUGACGCAGUACUUGCAAAACGCCGGCUAUACUAAAUUUGAUUUCUGGACAUCGGGCAACAAGCUUGGAACCGACAUGAUGCUGUGGAUGAGCACCGGCCUGCCCUUCAAUUCGACCUUUGAUUACAUGCGAAAACUUCCGGGACGCAGCGAAACCUACGUGCCACGAGGAACCGAGCCCCAAAGAAUAGCGAGGGAAAGCGGCGAGAACGGAAGUGCCGAUUUGUGCGUCGUCAUGAAGGCGCCGACGUUGGAAUGGGUAACGGAAGACUGCACCCUCUUCAAAGAUUUCAUAUGCGAACAAACGAGAUGCUACUACUACAACUACGGCAGCAUUCCAGUCUCGGCGACACAGGGAAAUCGCCGGCCGUACAUGACGACCACAACUGCCGCGCCAGCAGUCGUGGAAGAUAAAAACGAAGACAAAGCAAUCACGGAGGAAAACGCUUCAACCUCGGACUCUAAAUCAGAAGAGAAGGUGUCCGAAGAUCCUAUCGUUAAUAGACUGGUAACAGCUGUUCCCGCUUCCGCUUCCGCUUCCGCAUCCAACCCCGACUCCGACCCCAACUCCGAGACCUCGGAGACAAUUUCCGAAAGCGACGUCGUCGAGGAUCACGGAGCGGGGGAGGAGGGGGACGACGAGGAUAUGGUCAGCGCCGAGAACCACCAUACCGGGCCUGACCAUAUCCCAGAUAUCGCCAGCUUGUUCGCUACUAGAAAAGACCCUGCAUUCGACGGCCUCGAAACCCGCGAGGUCCGUCCGGCUUCGGCGCAGGCAGAAAACUCCGAGGACUACGAGGUCGCGGAAACUGAGCUACCGAACAACGCGCUGGAGGACGCGCGCACCAUCGGGCCCUACGACAACUCCCAGCAGGACUACGUCAACGACCAGCCGAACCAAGACGAGCCCUCGGCGCCCCUCAAACAGCUGGACGACGACUCGAGCACCAUUUUGCCGGAAGCGGAACCAGGGUACAGGUACAAUAUCAAGGUUCGCUCGAAUGGCAAGGUACUAGACCCUCCGUCCAAUUAAUUUUAUGCCUAGAUUAAGACUUGGAAAUAUUUGAAUCGUCGACAGUUUUAUUACAUAGAUUUUAAGUGCGAAGGAAGUCAAAGUGAAAUGGACGAACAAUAUUCAAGGAUUUUUCUGGCAGUAUACGGUAUAUAUACGUUAUAUACCUACACUAUAUCCGGGAAAGUGCUUGUAAUCCGUUUGUCAUUUGUCUUUGGGUUUUCACUUAUCACUAUCGAAAUGCUGUUUAUUCAUAGGCGGAUCCGACUUGAAAUGUAAAAUUCGCGAUACUCGCAGAUGCGAUGUGACAUUUCAUUUUUGUUGUUUUUUUAUUUUCCUACGAUUUUAAAUUCAAGUUUGUUUUUUAACCUAUUCUACUAUCGUCGCGCAUCUUCGUAUGUGUCACACGGUCCAUAGUACGGGCGGGAAACGAACGAAUG